CUGGCUUCAAGGUCGCGGAUGCCGUCGAUGAAUGUCUGCACCAGGUUCCCUACAAUGAGCGCAGGUACAGACUGGUACGCUUUUCGAACCAGCUUCUCCACCUCAAGGGCCCACUGCUGCAGAAGUGAUGUUGAGCCAAAGGUUUGCAUGAAAACUACUCAAACCAGUUACAGCUAUGAUGAAUUUUAUGGUUCACAAAGCAACACCAACUUCUUCGCGCCCAUCAAGCACUACCAUGGAGACAAUUGCAAAAUAACUAAUCCGUUAGAAAGGGAUAAGGAAAUUAGAGAACUGCUCGGCAUUCAACCAAGCCGACCCGCUGUCCCCAGACCUGUCACGCAAGACUACUUAUCUGGAAUAUUCUGCCGCGACGCACAAUAUCGGUUCAAAAGGAACAGCGAUCUGAAACCAUCGAAAAGAAGUAUAGCAGCGUGUAUGUCUAGAUCAUCAGAUUGCAAAUGCUGUAAAUCAGAAAGAAAAGUAAACAAAAGCAAACAAUGCAAACUGAUUAAAACUAAAACUACGACUACUCAGUAUGACAUAAGAUCACCCACGCCUUGUUGUUCACAACAACCUCAUGAUUCAUGUGAUAUGCAGCAGUUAGUGUUAAAUCGAAACAUACAGGUGUAUUUACAAAUAGAGCAAUUCACCAAACAGAAGCCAAUAAUGCUAACACGGAAACAAUACGACAAGCUAAAAAAGACAAUAAAAAGUACAGUAAAAUUAAAAUUGAAAAAUCAAGACAAAUGCAAAAGUAAUAUUUUCAAGGCAUAUAGUGUCGUAUCUUCUGGACAUGUGAAAAAAGUUCCAAAAAAGAGAAGCAGCGUUGGUUGUACCCAAGGGAUACAAACUUUCAAGUGUGGAAAAAAAUCAAGGAGACAAAUGACAAAAGAUGACAGAAGCUGUAGUAGUAAAGAACCGAGAAGAGGUUCAUGCGUUUGUCAGGCGAUACAAACAGUAGCCAGUAAAAGAAGCCUAGACAGAAAGACAAUGUGCAAUACAUAUGUGUUGUUUAAGGAUCAAAAUAUUGAUGAAUCUGCGAAUUCAUCUGCAGAAGACGUACCAAGACAGGCCAGGUCGUCUCUGGAGAUCAGAUACGCUAAUGUCGCUUACAAGCGUGUAACAUUUUCAUCAACAAAUGUCGGACAGUUUGCGACAGAAUCUCUUUAUUCGAAACAAAAAGAUAAUUACUCAAUGUAUUCUUUACUCAAAAGGCAUAAGAAAACAGCUACUCCAAAUCUUGGCACAUCGGCAUAUUCCUUGUAUUCAGAAGCGACUGGAUCAGACCAAUCCAUUAAAUACUUACUCUCGCCGCGUGGGUCUAAGCAAAAGCGACCAUUACUCCGAAGACUCAUGUCCUGUUUGGUGAUGCAUUCGGCCAGAGCAUCGAAUAUUAAAAUUCCUUGCGGGUUGACCAGCAAAGUUUCUGGUGUCAAUAGUUCUAUUGAUUCCUAUUAUAUAAGUACAUCUCUCGGAGCAAUUGAAGUGACAUCGUCCAUGUACGACACGUCGGCCUCUUACUAUAGUAACCACACAAUACUACCCGUAAACAAAACGAAGACAGGCUUUUUAAGAUCAGUGCGGGGUUUUCUUGCUAGUAGAAGAAGUUGA